AUGAUGCUUUAUAUAACUAAACUUACCAUUUGCAUCGCCUUGCUGACCAUAAUCACCACAUACUGUACAGCCCGAUCAAUAAGCAACGACCAAGGAUACAACAACAAUGACGAUGAACAAAAUAGCUUCUUGCGCGAAAUCUUGGAUUCAUUAAAUGAUGAAGCCCCAUUAUACCGUCGUCAAGGUAUAUUUAAAAGAAUCUCUAUUCCUGGUAAAUGGAAAAAAGUCUCUGCUGGUAGUAUUAUUAAAUAUUCUCGUUACAACUGUCAAGUUGUUAAUGUUGCUGUUUCUAAUUGUGAUGCAAUGAACCGUUCUGUUAAGGGUGCUCAUGGUGAUGAUCCUGUUAUUGGGGAAUAUCUCACGUUUGGUCCUAAUUGUUGUGUUAUCGUAUGA